AUGUACACAUCUAAUGGCCAACAACGGCCAAUGGCUCCUUAUACAUCUCAAUCAUCCGGAAGACCAAAUACCAACGCAAUGCAGAAUACCGGAUCAUCAGUCUAUGGUACCGGCUUUCGUAGAAAUGUUGGCUAUCAACCCAUCGUUGCAAGUACGCCUUCGAAUAAUAGCAAUAUUGGUUCGUCUUCUAUUAGCGAGAACAUCGUUCAAGACCAUACCCCAAGAGCACCUUUCUAUCCUACUUUUGGAACGUCUUUUGGGAACAGCAACCCUACUGGCUCGAACAACAAUAACGUGGCCAAUAAUUCCAUCAAUUCGCAAAACCAUCAGCAAAGGCAACAACAGAAUACCCAGCACCAUGUUCAGCAGCAACAACAGCAGCAGCAGCAGCACGAUCAUCCAUCUAUGGGAUUCGGAACGCCCAUCACAUCCAAAGGCAUGUUCAUGAAUCAAUAUCCAGUCCAAAAUACCGGAGAACCUUCAAGGAUGCAAAAUAUGCCAGCAUCUGUGGCAGAUCAUGGAGAUCAAGCGUAUGGCAUCAAUCAUCAACAAGCUGAACAGCAGCAGCAGCAGCAGCAACAUUAUCCUCAAUUUGCAACGCCAAGUAGCGGUGGAGGAGACAAUAACGGAUCGGAUGCUAGCGGUCUCCAGAAUACAGCUGCUUUGCAACAGCUAAACAGGCAUAUGGCCCAAUUGGCUGGAAACGUGGCAACAUCAGUCAGUCAAAAUGAAUUGGUGAUUUCUCUUUUGGAGAGGUUGGUUUCUUUGACUGAGAAUCUUGCCAAUCCUUCUCAUCAACAAAUAAGCCAUCAGCACCAGAUACACCCUUCUUCCAACGUCUCCUCGAACGGUGAAGCGGUCACAUCACAGCACCCUUCCACCUCUUCUUUCCAUUCAACCUCACCCAAUGCUAUUCAGCACGAUCAGAAUCAAAGACAACAAAGUGACAGCAUACAGAAUAGCGGAAUGAGUCAAUUACCGCAAUCCCAAAGCUCUAGAGGACAAAUGAUACAAGAUUCCAGUUCGGCAAUAUCACGAGAGACGGAUCGAUCCGUUUCAAACGAAGAUCUUAGUAACGGACUCUCGAUUACAUUCUCACAGGCUCCAUCAGAGACAUAUUCCCGAAGGCAGAAUGAUAGCAUUUCUCGAUCCGCAGGAACGAACGGAGGCAGUGAGCAGCAUAUUUCACCGGAACAAGUACAGAUACAUUCGACGCAAAAUCAAACAGAGAAUCGGCAACGAUCUUCGAACCAGACCUUACAGGUACCGGCGCUAAACGAAAGCUUUGAUGAUCCUUUGAACUUUAUCGGGACACCUGCUUCGACAACUUUCCAUCAAGGUGAUGGACCGAGUGAAAGGGCAUAUAUCCAACAACAGACACGACAAGGAAAAGGCACUUCGAUCUCUCACUCUUCGGUAGACAAUCAGCUGAGACAAUCAAACACAGAUAGCAGUGAUUUGAGCAGUGCUGCUACCCCGCAUUCUGGACCGCCACGAUAUGAUAAUGGAGAUUCGAUAAUGAAUAUGGAAGAUCAUAUUAAUCGCAUUCCAAGUCCCGUUUUCAGUGAAUCAAUCCCUGCGGCUGAUGUUGAUGAUGAUUUCUCUUCGUUCGAUUUGAGCAUGAAUGUGAUCCCAAGAAGAGAAUCAAGGCGGGUCAGCAUGCGGGCACAGCAGCAGAGGCAAUCGUUAUCGCAGCAGUACCAAGCUCAAGCGCAGAAUCAAAUCAGACAACAGCAAGAGCAACAAAAGGCAGCGGAAAGCGAGUUGGUUCGAGAUGCUGAGCAGGUGGAGAAGGAGCUACAGCCACAGCAAUCUGAGCAGAGUCGUCCUAUACAUAACAGAUCGAGUACGAAUCAAUCUGCUUCAGCCAACGAUGAAAAUGAAGAGAAUGAACCGGCAAAUCCACGUGUUGUCCUUCGCCGUGGCCGUAAACGUAAAGCAGUUUUGCCAAGGGAAUCUUUGCGGCCAUCCCAACCAGCGGCAGAAGAAGAAGAAGCUGAUGAAACGCAAGAAGGACCGGAUGAUUUAUGGUUAGAAUGGCUUGAACCACGUUCACCUCCGCCAUCAAAGACACGCAAUGUACCGAAAGCACUUUAUCGAACGAUCAAAGAAGUUCGCCUUGAUAGAAAAGCAAAGACAAAUAGAAGUUUAGCCACGAUCGGUAGAAUCCCGUUGAAGGAAUACUUGGAAGUUGGAGGUGAUCCAGAAUAUCGUGCCGUACGAAGAAUGGCGCGAACGGUAUACAACAAUUGGCUUGAACCAAACGUUCGAUUGGCCAAACAAGCAGAAGAUCGACUUUUGGCAUGCUUUAAUCGAAUCGAAUAUGAUUUUCCAAUCUUGGCAGAUUGUGAAGGACAUUGGAAAGCACGUGAAUUGAUGUUACAAGUUAUUGAUAAUGCAAUUGAUGAAGUUGCAUUUCAUAAACGUAAAGAGGCAAGAUUGCUUGGUAAACCUGCAAAGAAGAGUGGACAAGGAAUUCCAAAGAAAGAUUCUCAAAAUGCAAAGGUUGCACGUUCCACCUCUCAAGAUCAAGAUCUGUCUCGUAGUACGAAUGGUGGGCGGGAUGAUACAAGACCAGCUGCAAGAAGGCGGGUUGAGAAUACUGUAAGGACUAGAAGGUCUUCGCAAUUGCCAGAUGAGGAGGAAGAAGACGAGGAGGAGGAUGAGGAAGAAGGGGACGAAGACGGAGAUGAAGACCAAGACGAGUCUAAUAUGUCCAACAGUGAUGCAAUUUGGAACAUGACCUCAAAUGGAGCAAUUAAUGGAGGUCGUACUUCUAACGGAUCUCAUGCUGAUUGGGAUUCAUCUCAUGAUUAUGCCCUUCUGGAUGCUGCACCUACAAGUACAGCUGAUCAAAGUGCUGAUUAUACAUAUAUUCCUACUCGAGCUUCUUAUACUCGAAGAGGUGCACAAGCUGCUUGGUGA